AUGCCCCCCCUCUCCCCCAUUGUAGAAACCCACCGCCCGACCUCUGCCCCUCCCUCUCUUUUGUCGUUGUUAUAUUCCAAGCCAUAUUUCCCUUUCUCACUGCCAGUCUUGAGAAGGAUACAAUUUGCGGAAAAGUUUGCCGAUCGGGGAGGCUGUACAUCGCAUAGCCGGGUGGUGCAUGUUUACCACCAUGCGGGGGCGCGUGACCCUGACAGGUUCGUGACCGGGUAUGUGGACUUGAGCAAGGGGCCAGAGACGCAGGUUUGGUUGUUUUGCAGUUUAGAAAUCCAAUCGGGGGGUGAGGAGGGGAGGGUUUGGGAUGGGUUGUUGCUUAGGUUCUUUCAGGUUGCGGAGGGUUUAUGGGAGGGUGGGAGAAAGAAAAAGAUACUAGUUGGUAGUAUCCAUGAGAUGGUGAGGAAAAGGAUGAUCAACUUGGGGAUGGGGCUAGAGAAGACAGCUUUGGCUGGGGGGCAGGAGUGGGAGUUUGAUUACAAGUUUGUUUUUCGGGUGGGGGAUUUACCCGAAUUAGAAGGGGGGAUGAGCGACAAGAGGUGGGAGGUGGAGGGGAGGGAGUUUUAUUGGGAUGAGGUUAGGAAGGGGGAUGUUGGGUUGGUGAAGAGUAGGACUGCGAUUGAUAGGCAGGAAAUGUGUAGGGCGACGUUGUUGAUGGUUCCUAGUCUUGCUGUGAGGUUGGGAGCAACGGGGGAGGCUGUUGGGUGGGGGUUUCUUGGGCUGGAUGGGACGUUAAUGUCGCUGCAUGUGGAGGAACCAUAUCGCCGUCUCGGCUUCGGAAAGGCAAUAGCCAUCAAACUCAUGCGCGAGCGUCUCCACGAAUAUGGUGACGACGGCCUGGGGGCUGCGGAUGUUUGGGUUGAAAACACAAAGAGUCAAGGUCUAUGCCGUGCUAUUGGUGGUAAACCAUCGUGGAUUGUAUCAUGGGGAAUACUCGAUCUUGAAAGCUUGCAAAACAUCAAGCUCUAAACUUUUGCUACGGCAAAAUAAACAAGUCUAUGGCAAUUCGUACAGAUUCCGGCAGAUCCAGUCAAUCGGUCUUGGUGAGGCGGUGGAUCUCCUGGAAGAAGAACUUGAGGUCAUCUGGGUUGACAAAUGGGGUGAUGCCUGGCAACCUGUUAGCGGCGAUGAGAGUAAUCUAUUCAAAAAUUGAGACAUACCGUGACCGAGGUUAACAAUCCAGCCCUUCUUGCGCUCUGCCCAGCCGAAACCCUUGACCAUUUCGGUAACAACCUCGGUGAUGGACUCGUGCGAGCCGUACAGUACGCCGGGGUCGGCAUUGCCUUGAAGAACCACUGGUCGGUCUCCAAUGAUCUUGACAGCCUCCGCAGGAUCAUGUAGCCAAUCCAUGCCAAUCACCUGGUAUCCCAUAUCGGCGCAUGCGUCGAGGGCGUACCAUGCACCCUUGGGGAACACCACCAUGGGAACCUGCUCGAGACCGAGCUCCUUGAGGCGCAGAGGAAGGUGCUUGGCGAUAUAAGCGAGGUAUGGCUGAGAGAACUUCUUGAAGGAUGAUGGCGAAAGCUCACCAGCCCAAGAAUCAAAAACUUGAACAAUCUAAGGGAGACAGUCAGCGAUCGUGUUCCCGGCCAAUGUAUGCCAA